AAUGCUUCAGAAAAAGAAAAGAAAAAAGUGAGAGGGGAAAAAUAUUAAAGUAAAAUGACUGAUAAUCAGUCAUGUUCAUAACAGAUCAAGGAAAUCCCAAUAAGGACAUCACAGAAUUCCAUGCUUCUCUUUUACUGUAUGUUCUUAUGUUGUAUCAAGACAUCAUCAUCUAUCUCAGUCUGAACUCACCACCAACCUCUGAUAACUCCAUCCCUUCUUCUUAUAUCCCCACCACUCACAUACACAACUUCUUUUUCCAUGUUUGCACAGCUGAACGAUCAAACUUGUUGUUUUUGGAUUUGGGUUUUUGAGAAGGUUCAAGGCUGGUGCUUGAAAGCUCCAUCUCCGCUUAGAUUCAGAUUUCAGAGGCACAUUUGACCCACAAAGAGAUUACCCAUGUAGAGAUCUGGAAUUGUGGGUUUGGUACCUUGGUUUUGGAUAAGGAAUGUCGAACUGGUUUCAAAGAUCUGGCAUUUCAAGGUUGCUGUUUUGAGACUCAUUACACAGAGGCAUCUUGGCAUCUGAUAGAAUGGCCUCUGAUCUCAAAGCAGAGUUAUCCAAGGAAGCUUUUUUUGGGCUGAAGGUCUGGGAAGUGAUUGGCAUAGCUGUUGCGUUGUUUAUCAUAAUAAUCCUUACUGUCCUAUCACUGUGCCUCACUUCGCGUAAGAAAUCAAGAAAAGCUGGGGCCAAGAUUCCCCAUAGUCAAAUCCCAACUGUCUCAAAAGAAAUUAAGGAAGUUCGAGUGGAGCAAAUAACUGCCAGUGAAUUUGUUCCCCGUGAUGGAAUUCUUCUUACCAUUCAUGACAAAUCCAGUGACAGAGAAUCCGAUAAGGUUAUGGUCCAUCUGGGUAUGGGAAAAUCAAAGAAUGGAGACAAUAGUAGUCAGUCAGGUUCAUUUAAUCAUUUAGACAAAGAUGGUGGAGGGUCUCAAUCUGGAGAAGAAGGGAGUUCUGCCACGGGUACAGUGUAUAAGCCUUCUUCAUCGUAUCCCGUAACUGCUCCAUCUCCUCUAGUUGGUCUGCCUGAAUUCUCGCACUUGGGUUGGGGCCACUGGUUUACAUUAAGGGACCUUGAGCUUGCAACAAACAGGUUUUCAAAGGAAAAUGUCCUUGGCGAGGGUGGAUAUGGAGUUGUUUACCGGGGAAAUCUCAUCAAUGGGACUCCUGUCGCAGUUAAAAAGAUCCUAAACAACCUUGGCCAAGCAGAGAAAGAAUUUAGAGUGGAAGUUGAAGCAAUUGGCCAUGUGCGCCACAAGAAUUUGGUUCGUCUCUUGGGAUACUGCGUCGAAGGGACUCACAGGAUGUUGGUCUAUGAGUAUGUCAACAAUGGAAACUUGGAGCAGUGGCUUCAUGGGGCUAUGCGUCACCAUGGAUAUCUCACUUGGGAAGCCCGUAUAAAGGUUCUCCUUGGAACAGCAAAAGCUCUUGGUUAUUUACACGAGGCCAUUGAACCAAAAGUGAUACAUCGAGACAUUAAAUCAAGCAAUAUAUUGAUUGAUGACGAGUUCAAUUCCAAGGUAUCUGAUUUUGGCCUGGCCAAGCUGCUGGGUGCGGGGACAAGUCACGUGACAACUCGUGUUAUGGGAACCUUUGGAUACGUGGCCCCUGAAUAUGCUAAUUCUGGACUUUUGAAUGAAAAGAGUGACGUGUAUAGCUUUGGGGUUUUGCUCUUAGAAGCCAUCACUGGAAGAGAUCCUGUAGACUAUGGUCGCCCUGCUCCUGAGGUAAAUCUGGUUGAUUGGCUUAAAAUGAUGGUUGGCAGCAGAAGAUCAGAAGAAGUGGUGGACCCAAACAUUGAAGUCAGACCAUCAACAAGAGCCUUAAAACGAGCACUCUUGACUGCUUUGAGGUGUGUUGAUCCAGAUUCUGAAAAACGGCCCAAGAUGAGCCAAGUUGUCCGUAUGCUCGAGUCCGAAGAGUAUCCUAUACCAAGAGAGGAUCGAAGGAACCGUAGGACUCAAGCAGGUAGCAUGGAGAUCGACUCCCAAAAGGAAAAUUCAGAUACUGAUCGGAGUGAUUAUCCUGUUUCAAGAUCAGAGAGUAGAGACUACCAACAGCGAUAAUAAAACCAGUAAUUGAUUUCAGGAUCUAAGAAGUAUAUUGAGGGUAAUUCAUAAUUUUUUUUUCUACUCUUAAAUUCUUGGGUUUGUCGAGCUCGUACUAUCUAGGUCAUGGGGGGAGGGGCUCAUGUGGGAGAGGAGAUGGUCCUCAUAUUCUUUGUUUUUAUCCUCCCCCCUCUCUUUUUUAUUUCUUGUAGAUUAAGAAAUAUAUAUUGUUUGUGUACGGAAGUGGUGGUAUUUGUGAACAGUGGAGAACCCGAGACAUUGAUUGUGUGUACAGUAUGGUUGAUCUUCAAAUUUGUUGGAUGCAAUGCUCCUCUUUAGUCUGA